GCUUAAUGAUUUUUAAAUCGAAAUUCCCCGAUGUCGAGAUUCCAUCCAUUGGAAUCUAUCAAUAUGUGACAAGCAAUCCGAACAAUUUGUCCGAAAGUAAAGUUGUAUUUAUCGACGGGACAACAG